CAAACUUUGGCUAGCGCGGACUGAACUCUCUCUCUUUCCAACUUUCGUCUCUCACUUAUAUUAUUUUUAUUUUUUUGUUCUCUAUUUAGAAUAUCUGGAGAGGUAUUGGGUUACAAUGGAAAUGGAUCUUGAAGUGCAGGAUUACGCCUCUGGAACUCCCCAGACUUUGAUCUCCAAGAAACCCAAGCACGACGAGAUCAACAUGGGCAGCAAAGGGAAAACAAAAAUAACCUAUGAUGAGACCUUGCAAGACCAAGUUAAGGAUGCUUCAGCCAGUGAUCCUGGAAAUUCUACUGUAGUAGGAUCCCCGGACAGUGUCAAUCACCUCAAGAGUUCUGCACCAGGAUCACUCAACUCAAACAAUCUUCACAGUUCCAAUUCCGAUAUAACAUAUCAUGAUGAUGAGGGGGAUGGCACUGGUGCUGGGGAAGAUGAUGCUGUUUUUAUUGAAGAUGAUGAUUAUGUUUCUGAUUAUGAUGACAAUGAUGAUUUCUUGUAUGAUGAUGGUUAUACGGGCAUGCAAUCUCAAUUUGAUAAGGUGGACUUUCCUCCUGGUGUAGAGGCACCUCUUCCUUGGUUGAACGACCGGGAUUCAAGUGCCAAUAUACAGCCUUCAACAAGGACUCUAACUAUUUCAGACAUUCCAGACAGCAAAAAGCAGGCAGCUGCUACCAGCAGUUCAUCCAUCCCUGCAGAUUCAAAAUUAAAGGAGAAAGUAGAGGCAAAUGAGGAUGCCGUUAUGCAAAAGUUGCAACAGUUUAAGCAAUUUGACAUUGUGGAUGACUUUUCAGAUCAUCACUAUAGCCGCAUGGGCUUCUCAGAUGGGAAGCCACCCAAGAAUUGGGCAAAGAGAAUCCAGGAGGAGUGGAAAAUGCUAGAGAAGAAUUUACCUGAUACAAUAUUUGUUAGAGCUUAUGAAGCAAGAAUGGAACUUUUGAGGGCUGUUAUAAUUGGACCUGCAGGCACUCCUUACCAUGACGGCCUUUUCGUCUUUGAUUGCCUCUUUCCCACUACGUAUCCCAGCUCACCACCGAUGGUGUACUACUAUUCGGGUGGCCUUCGACUGAACCCAAAUUUGUAUGAUUGUGGGAAAGUCUGCCUGAGUCUUUUGGGCACCUGGACUGGGAAACAGAAUGAGAUGUGGAUCCCAGAGAAAUCAACCAUGUUACAGGUUUUGGUGUCUAUACAAGCUCUGAUUCUGAAUGCAAAGCCCUUCUUUAAUGAACCUGGUUAUGAAACAACAUAUGUUGGGGCGGAAGGUGAAAGAAGAUCGAUGGAGUAUAAUGACAAUGCUUUUAUUCUAUCCUUGAAGACGAUGAUAUACACAAUGAGGCGACCACCAAAGUUGGAUUAAUUUUUUCGGGUUCUAUUUAAUGCUUGGUAUGAGAAAAAUAUUGGGUAUUAGGAUUGCUGUUUAGCAGACAUGAUCAUACCUAUCAAGAUCCGUGUCUAGUUCAUUUGCUGGAAACUCGAGCAUCUCUUUUUAUUUAUAAAACUGAAACAGAGCUAAUUGGUGUCAUGCCUAGUCCUUUUCAAUAUUGUUUUGCCAUGAAUUUUGAGUUCCAUAUCUGAAAUUGAGUCAUGCCAACUGUGCCAUGGUUCAGAUAGGAAUAACCAAGCAGAGCAUGACUUAUGACCAUAAAUAAAAAGGUUAGAGGACAAAAAUGAGUACCAAGAAUCAUGGAAAGAUCACAUAUGUUUCAAUAAAUUCAUUGCAAAGCUUUAAAAAGUAUAAGACUAAUUACAAAGUCUCUGGCAUUAUUGAUUCCUCAAUGAGCACAUGGUAGGCAUUUUGACACUUCAAUUAAUUGCUGCUGAAUACCACUCAACCGCUUGAGUUGAAGUCUCAUAGUUAUGUCAAUUUGGUGCCCCUUUGGCCUUCCUUUUUUACUCUCCUGGGGAUAGAUCACUCGGGCUUAUGGCAGGAAACCUUUCACCCCAAUCAACAGUUCCUCAGAUACCUGUCACUAAAUAAAUGAACGAACACACACACACACACAUACAUAAUUGAUCGCUAGGGUUACCCCCACCUAGUGGAUCUUGAACCGUAACCUCACCCUCCACCUUGAUCUUGAGUGCACUGAUGCCAUUUCUAAAUGGAUUUUCAUUUUCUUGGAAGUUCUUUCCCUUAUAUUUUGCUUUUCAAUAGAUGAUCCCAUGGGUGAGCUAUGCACUUAUCAGCCUCAUAUACCAUGGUUAUUUUAUUAUGCCUAAGCAUUCUUUACAUG